AUGGCACAUCUCACAUCUUGUCAAACCAUUGUCACAACAAAGCAUGUGGGAGCAAUUAUUUGUUUAAUUGUUUCUUCAAUGCUUCUGGGAGGUGUUCUUGGAAACUAUCUAUCUCAACAUCAUGUUCUAACUCUUAAGGUAGCAUUAGCCUUAAUAUCAGUUGCAUAUGAAAGGAAACCUAAGGGUAUAGGGCUCAAGCAUGGAGGUUGUCCAUCCAGCACCGUUCCUAUUUUAAGAACUAAUGUUCAAGAUCCUGAUAUACCCCGACCAUCAUUUGUACCCGGACCACUAGAACAUUGUGUUGCUGUCAUUCAAACAAACAUUGCUGAUUCGAAUAAGAAAUUCUUCGGAUCAAGUGCUUCCAUGACCUUGUAUAAGCCUCGAGUACAAAAGGGUCAAUGGUCUUCAAGUCGGAUUAAAUUAUCGAAUGGUGUAGAUAGUAUUGAAGCUGGAUGGAUGGUAAAUCCAACUUUGUUUAACGAUAAUGAUGCCCAUUUCUAUGCAAGAUCUAUAGUAGGACAAAAGGAAUGUUUAAAUCAAUGUGAUAAUGGUUUUGUUCAAGUUUCGAAAGCUGUACCUUUGGGCACUAUCCCGGAUGAAUAUUCCGAAAUAGGUGGGGAUCAACAUACUUGGAAAAUAACUAUUAGAAAGCAUAUUGAAGACGACAAUUGGUGCCUUAUUAUAUUUGAUAAAGACGGUGUGUCAAUUCCAGUUGGAUAUUGGCCUAAAGGUCUAUUUACAAGCUUAGUGGAUGUUGCAAACCAAGUUGAAUGGGGUGGAGAGAUCAAUGAUCCUAGGCCAACUAGCCCAGGUCCUGAAAUGGGUUGUGGUAGGAUGGCAAGUUAUAAUACGCAAUAUUCAGCAUUUUUUAAACAAGUGACUGUUGAUAUUGAAAAGUCUAAAAAUGUUGAACCUCAAGAUACGAAAAAAGGGUUAAUUGUCCGUCCUUAUACAAUGUCUUGGAUGAAGGUUAUAAGCGUGAUUGGGGUCGUCUCAUGUAUUAUGGAGGCUAUCAUAUAUAAUAUUCUCAAUCCUCAAUAA